UCUCCCAUUCAUUAAAACAGUAUUGGCCCGUCUCUGCUAAAUACUCUCUGUCUCUGCGUCCAGAUGGGGGCGAUGACCGCUUCAUUCAACAGAUCAGCAAAGUCCCAAAACUGUGCUGGACUACAGAUGUGAAGCGUCUGAAAGAAUUAAACGGCAUAUUUAGCACGAAUCUGGGCUCCUGUUGAUCCCUUUCACGGGCAGAAAUAUGCAAACAUGGUAGUUAAAACUAGAAAACCAAAUGCCAAGGACCAGAGCAAUGAGAAGGACAGGAGCCUAUCGGUGUCUGGGAAAAGCAGGCGUGGGAAAGAUGGAAAAAUCUCGGCUUUCCAGAGCAAAAACGGACUGUUCUCUGGGUUUAUAAGAAACAAAUUGGGCUUGAGUCCAUCUGCUUUUACAAGAGGAGUAAUAGUGUUUAUUCUCGCUGUAAUUGCAGGAUGUUUACACUGGUGUCAUCUCUCACACCUAUUUGAAAAUGACAGACACUUUUCACACAUGUCAUCCUUGGAGAAGGAGAUGGCUUUUCGAACGGAGAUGGGGCUGUAUUACUCAUACUUCAAAACCAUCAUCAAGGCUCCUUCUUUCAUGAGUGGUCUUUACAUGAUUAUGAACGACCGGCUCACUGAAUACCCUUUAGUGAUAAACACUCUAAAGAGGUUCAACUUGUACCCUGAGGUGUUCUUGGCCUGCUGGUACAGAGUAUACAGCAGCACAAUGAAUUUCUUUGGGAUCCCUACCAAGUUGUGUUGGACCAUCAAUAGAGGGGUGGGACUAGAUCCAGUGGAGAGUUGUGAAGGUUUGGGGGACCCUGCAUACUUUUAUGUGACACUUGUGUUCCUGUUAAAUGGAGCAAUGAUGAGCCUGUUCUUCAUUUAUGGAACAUAUCUGAGUGGCAGUCGACUUGGUGGCACUGUUACAGUUGUGUGUUUCUUCUUUAACCACGGAGAGAGCACACGGGUCAUGUGGACCCCUCCCCUUAGAGAAAGCUUCUCCUACCCCUUCCUGGUUCUACAGAUGCUUCUGGUCACACACGUCCUCCGGACAAAGAACCCAAGCAGAAAUACCAUGAUGGCACUGGGUAUCUCUAAUGUUUUCUUCAUGCUGCCCUGGCAGUUCGCCCAGUUCGUCUUACUUACCCAGGUGGCCUCCCUGUUUGCUUCAUAUAUCCUUGGAUAUCUGAGCCCAAAGAAAAUGCAGUCCCUCUUAGUGACACACAUGAUCUCCUUGGCUGUCUGUUUUCUUCUAAUGUUCGGGAACUCAAUGCUACUUACAUCCUUCUACGCCUCUUCACUGGUCUCCAUCUGGGGGGUCAUUGCUCUCAGGGACCUUUUUGUUGGUACUUUCAAACCUGGGCUGUUCACAUGGAUCAUGCAGUGCCUCACAUGGGUGGUCUCUACUGUAAUUCUGAAGUUCAUGCUCUCGGUGAUCUUGGGCACAUCGGAUGAUGCUCACAUUAGCAGUCUGAUCAAAUCCAAGUUCACAAGCUACAAAGACUUUGACACAAUGAUGUACACAUGCGCAGCAGAGUUUGACUUCAUUGAAGCAGAUACUCUAUUCCGCUACAUCAAAACCUUGCUGCUUCCAAUUAAUGUGCUGAUUGUGGGUUUUAUUGCUGGAAGGACUAUACGGGAUGUUAUUAUGUUUCUCAGAAACGGGAAGACGGGCAAGUCAGAGGAAAAUGAAACCGAACAGACCGAAGUGUUGGCAAAUGGAGUGCUGGUGUAUCACAGUCUACAGCUGGUGGCAUUUGCAGUGUUGGCUGUACUCAUUAUGAGACUGAAGCUGUUCCUUACUCCUCACAUGUGCAUCAUGUCCUGUUUAAUCUGUUCCAAACAGCUGUUUGGCUGGAUAGGAGAGAAAUUUAAACUCCAAAUGGUAGGCGUUGCAAUAUUGUCCAUGAUGGCAAUCCAAGGAGUAUCCAACCUGCAGAGUCAAUGGGGAAUCAUUGGAGAAUUCAGUAACUUCCCACAAGAAGAGCUCCUGGAGUGGAUCAAGGACAACACAAGCCCUAAUGCUGUGUUUGCUGGUGCAAUGCCCACCAUGGCAAGUGUAAAACUGUCCACUGGCAGAGCCAUCGUCAAUCAUCCACACUAUGAGGAUGCAGGAUUGAGGGAAAGAACAAAGAUGGUGUAUGCCAUGUAUAGCCGAAAGCCAGCCAGUGCAGUAAAGAUGAACUUGAUAAAGCUGCAAGUGGACUAUUUCAUCUUAGAGGACUCGUGGUGCACCAGACGGUCAAAGCCCGGUUGCAGCAUGCCUGAGAUCUGGGAUGUGGAGGACCCCCAAAAUGCAGGAAAAGUGCCUCUUUGUACUCUCAUGUCUAAGGAUUCACGUCCCCACUUCUCCACUAUCUUUCAAAACAGCAUUUACAAAGUCCUUCGAGUUCCCAAAACAGUGAAAGAUAUCAGAUAACAGCGGUUUUCCUCCCAAAAUCUAUUAGUCCCUGCUCUUGUCGUCCUUUCUUUGAUAGAUACGUGUGUGUGUGUGUGUGUGUGUGUGUGUGUGUGUGUGUGUGUGUAUAUAUACACAGCAAUGAUUAUUUUUGUAACGAUCAGUCCUGUUAUUCUUGAGAUCUGCUUCUGCCACUUUGGUGUCUGUUUUAUUUUGAUAAGAUAUAACAGAUGUUUAAACUGUGUCAAAUCAGACUGUGAUUUUUCCCCAUCCAUGGUGCUGCUGUUUGCCGUUUUGUUUCGGUCCAGAUGUUUUUUUUUAAAGGUUGAAAGAUUUCAACAUCGUAUACCUGAGUCAUUUCACUUUCUGUGCAUUAUAUAAUUAAUUUCAGCUAUUUUCGGGUUAACCUUUGGAUAAACGUUUUUAAGAUUUGUAAACCCCUUUUUUAAAGUUUUAAAAUUAACAUUUUUGGCAGAUGCUUUUACCAAAGUGACUUACAAAAUUAACACACUUUGAGGGAGGAUUAUGAUGUAGUUUAGUGUUAUAUAUAUUAUUAAUUCUACCAACUAAAUUUUAUAAGUCAUCUGUUAAACUGCUUGUUACUCUGUUACUUUUAGGUUUUAUGUAUGAAAAUCAGUCAAGGUUAUGCAUUAUUGGAAAAGGUAUUCUGUUGUGAAACAAUAUUUUGAUCUUUCUGUCAGUAAGAUAUUGUCUUGCUCAGAUGCAUUUUCAGUAGUCAUAUAUACCUUCGUAACAUUUGUUAAUUCAAUCCUAUUGUAGUGUCAUUCUCUGUUUACUGAUGUUACCAGUGUUCAGAAUCCUCCAGUAUUAUGCUGACUUCUCAUCUGUCAGUGAAUUGCAAGUGUUUAGUAUCAGGAAGUGGGUUGUGCAAGGAUGCACAAUGCUUCCGUUCCCCAACUGUCUUUCCUGAUGUCAUGGUUAUAGUGAUUUUGAUGAAAAUUGUUCUUUCAAAUUAAACGGAGAAACUGGAAUCACUGCCAUAGUGUUAUUAAAGGUAUUUGUAGUAUUAUGUGUUAAACUCUUUAAGUGUCCUUUACAUUUCAUUAAAAUACCUGCAAUUGUUCAUGGAAUGUGUAAAAAUGAUGCAUGUGAACUGUCUUCAGGAAACUUGUCCACUUCCUAUUUCUUUGAUAUCUGAUGUUUAGUUGUAUUGAUAUGGAUACUCCGUUCAUUUUGUUCUUUCCCAGUGUAAUGUUAUAUAUUUCUCAGCAUUAAAUAAUUUUAUUUUAAUUCAUGAUUAAAUUUAACUUCAAUUUUUGUAGUUGUUUUUGAAUAUGUUGAUCAUGUACAGCAAUAUAGCUUUGAUGCCAUUCAAAAAAAUAUUUAUUUCUCCUGAUUUGUUUGACACUUUUAGACUGUUUUGCUUGCGGCAGGAUUAGGGUCUUCAACUGUCCCCUUUCUGUUUAUAUUUAGCUAAUAAAAGUGUCUUGUUUUCCUUUGGGUGUUCAUUUUGACUAAUUAAUUGUGCCAUUUGUUGAGCACUACAUCCAUAGUAAAACUUAUUUAUUAGUGAAAGUAAAGUUUAAUUUAAAGCCUUCGAAAUGCUGUUUUCUUCACUUGACCUCCUCAGACAUGAGCAUGGUUGCUGUGUGUUUUCCAUUCCCCUUUU